AUGAAUAACGUCCAACCUCCAAACACCACUAGCACCCAAACUCCAAACUCCACUAACACCCUACCUCCAAACUCCACUAGCACCCAACCUCCAAAUUCCACUAGCACCCAACCUCUAAACUCCACUAGCACCCAACCUCCCAACACCACUCCAAACACCAAUAGCACCCAACCUCCGAACACUACUGCUACAGCCAAUACAGAUCCUCCUAUGAAUACUCUCAUAGUUCAUUUAAUUGAAG